CCAAUUAUGUCUCCCCCCACCUUAAACCCUCCAAUUCCAACACCUCCACAGUUAUUCCACUUUGAACUCUUCAGUCUUCACUCAGAAAUCCAAGGGCUUCAAGAUCUUAUCCUCCAACACACAACUAUUGCGCUUUAGAAAUAACACAAUUUCUAAACAAAAAGUGUUUUCACAAUUUCAGAAAUGACAACCCCAUAUCCCUCUCAUUUGUUAUCUGCUCCCACCUUCCACGCUUCCAACAAAAUGGCUCUCAGAAUUCAUUCUCCUCCGUUUCAGAGGUUCAAGCAGGGGUCGCCACAGUAUGUCAAAGAGCAGAACUGUAGUAUGAGUUUUAGACAAUUUAGGGCAUUUCAGAGUACUAGGCCCAAAGUAUUGUGUGCAAUAAAUAUGUCUGCAGGCCAGUCUGAUGAUCAUGGGAAAUUCAAAUUGGACCAUCUACUGAAUAAGGCAAGAAAAUUGUGGGACAAUUGUCCUCAAUCAGUCAAGAUCUUUCCGUGGAAAAAAGCACUGGGGAACUUUGGUCAACUCAUACUUGACCUCACCCUGGCAGUUGUCAAAUACUUAUGUGUACCUUUACUGGCAGUUUCCUCCCUUAGUGAGAUGUCAUACUGUGCACAUGAAAGGAAGCUUUUUCUUGUCCCUGUUCCACUUGUCAUUGGGAUUACUGUUGCUGGUGUCUUGAGGGAGACAGCACUGGAUAUAUCUCCACAUCUCAAGGAUGCAGAAGUUCCCUGGCAUCUGAUUGCUAUGGCAAUUUUCUUCACAUUGAUCAAAUUGCCAGGACCAUAUUACCCAUAUUGGGGGCGAAUAUUUAUUCCACACUUUGCAAAUGGGGGUUUAUGGAGGACACUGUGGUUUGCAUUUUUGUGGAAUAGAAGACCCCAAAAGGAGACAUUGCAGCAGAAAUCUGUAAAUGGUGGUCACUCUGAACUGGAUAAGCUUUAAUUCUAGCAGGCAUAAUAUUUUAUUGAAUCAGGUGAUUUUUCUUUUCACCAAUGAAGAUAUAAGAGAUCAGAUGAUAAAAGCCAUUCUCAAAAAGUUUUGAAGUAGGAAUCAGCUCCUGCUAGAAGAUUGACUUGUUGCUUAUGGUGGUCUUGAUGAUUGCUAGAAAUGUUUGACAAACAAACAGGGUUCCUGAGUGUGUUCUUGUACGGGUGAAUGUAUGCUUGCAGGAGUUUUUGUUGCAAUGGUGAAAAUUUCUUAUUCUUCAUAGUCUAGCAUUUUAAAGCAUCAUGAGUUCAAAGAAAUAACUAGAUAUUCAUAAAUCAUGUAAUCAUAUUAUUUGAGUAUACGUAAAAUUUUGAAGCUAUGUUAUUCCUGUUCUCUCC